UGCCUUUUUCUAUGCAGGCAAUCUGGGCCUUGCCCCUCAAUCCCAGUAUAAUCAGAGCCUCCACCAGUACAGACCACUUGGCAGAGUCUCCCCUGCUCCUGCCCCAGGUCUGCAGGACGCUGGCCCUCUGUUUCUCAUCGUCCUUCUUGUCGACUGCCUCAAUGGCCAGCCACUCCUCCAUCCUCAGACCCAGGAUCUGACUCAGGAGGAAGGGAGGUGUGUCCUCAAACAGCCUCACUGCCAGUGGGUAAUC